CUAGGGGUUUCCUGGGGGGACCCCAAAGAGGUGCUGAGGGUCCAGGGGGGCUGCGGGGACCCCCCGUGUUCCCCCAGGAUGUUGAUGUACCAAAGCAAAGCCCAGCGGGAACCGUUUGACGUCAUCGAUCUGGACCCCUACGGGAGCCCCGCGCCCUUCCUGGAUGCGGCUGUGCAGGCCGUGAGCGAGGGGGGGCUGCUGUGCGUGACCUGCACAGACAUGGCGGUGAUGGCCGGCAACAGCGCCGAGACCUGCUACAGCAAGUACGGCGCCGUGUCCCUCAAGGGCAAAUUCUGCCACGAGAUGGCCCUGCGGAUCAUCCUGCACAGCCUCGACCUCCGAGCCAACUGCUACCAGCGCUUCGUGGUGCCGCUGCUGUCGGUCAGCGCCGACUUCUAUGUGCGCGUCUUCGUCAGGGUCUUCACGGGCCAGGCCAAGGUCAAGGCUUCGGCCAGCAAGCAGGCGCUGGUGUUCCACUGCGUGGGGUGCGGCUCACACCACCUGCAGCGUCUGGGCAGGGCCACGAGCCACGGCAGCGGCUUCAAGUACAGCGCAGCCACAGGGCCGCCCGUGGGUCCCACCUGCGAGUUCUGCCAGCAGCGUCACCAGGUGGGGGGCCCGGUGUGGGCUGAGCCCCUGCAUGACCCCGCCUUCGUGGAGGGGAUGCUGGCGGCACUGGAGCGAAGCCCCGGGCGCUUCUCGACGGAGCCGCGCAUGCGGGGGAUGCUGAGCGUCAUCGCCGAGGAGCUGAGCGAUGUCCCCCUGUACUACACCCUGGACGGGCUGAGCAGCACCAUCCGCAGCAACACGCCUUCCCUGUUGCAGCUCAGGUCGGCCCUCCUGCAUGCGGGGUUCCGGGUCUCGCUGUCCCACGCCUGCCGCAACGCCGUCAAGACGGACGCGCCGCCGGCUGUGCUCUGGGACAUCAUGCGCUGCUGGGCCAAGCUCCACCCGGUGAAAUGGGAGCGGCUCCCAGACUCCAGCCCAGCCGCCCGGAUCCUCGUGGUGGAGCCCACGCUCCAGGCUUCCUUCACCCUCCACGAGGAUGCCAACCCCAGCUCCCGGAAGCGCGGCUUGAAGCGAUUCCCAGAGAACCCCGAAGCUUUUUGGGGUCCGAAGGCCAAGGCCAAGCCAGGGGGGGGCAUCGCCCCUUCCCUGCAGGAGAAGCGGGAGCGGCUCCAGAACAAGCGGACGCAGCGGCCGGAUGGGGCUGGGCUGAAACAAUUCCCCUGCAAACGCUUCAAGGAGGGCACUUGUCCCCAAGGUGAGAAGUGCUGCUACUCCCACGAGCCCGCCCCGACUGCUCCCCAUUAAAGGACGUCUGACCAAAA